GGGAGUCUCUCUCAGCGCGGCCAGCUCCAAACUUCCUGAAACACUGCGGGAGGGCGAAAGAGACGGGCAAACUUUCCCUGGGCAGUAAGCGCGGCGCCGCGGCCUCAGGGGCGGCAGCAAGAGCUCCCCCAGCGAUGGGCCUCCUCGACAUCCUCGGCCUGACGCUGGCUACCGCUCUGGCGCUCUAUGCACUGUGUCUUCUUGGCCGGAGGAGAAGGAGACCCGGAGAGCCUCCAUUAAUCAAUGGUUGGAUUCCUUUCUUGGGAAAGGCCUUGGAUUUUCGAGAAGAUCCUUCCAAGUUAUUGCUGACUCUGCAACAAAAAUAUGGUGAUAUGUUUACAGUGCAUAUUGCUGGCAGAUAUAUUACAUUUAUAAUGGACCCACUGCUGUAUAGUUCUGUGACCAAAAAUAGCAAGUAUCUGGAAUUUCAAGAAUUUGCUGAUUCCUUGGCAUCUCGAACAUUUGAUUAUCCAUCUGUAUUAAAAGGGGAUUUCCCAGGCCUAAAUGAAAAUGUGCAUAGGAAUUACCAAUUCCUUCUAGGCAAGCCAUUGGAUGCACUCUCUGACAACAUGAUGACAAACCUCCAAUGGAUAUUUAAUACGCAAUUUUCUCAAGCAACAGAUUGGAAAGUGGGAAAACUAUACAAGUUUUGCUGCUCUGUAAUGUUCAAAGCCAGUUUUAUAACACUGUAUGGAAGAGAUCCUAGUGCAGAUGGCCACAACGUUAUUGGUGCAAUUGAAGAAAAAUUUACCAAGUUUGAUGCCAGCUUUUCCUACUUAGCUGCAAACAUUCCAAUUGAAUUGUUAGGAGCCACCAAGAGGAUCCGGAAAGAACUCAUUGAUGUAUUUUUACCUACCAACACUGCAAAUUGGCUGGGAGUUUCUGAACUGAUUGAAGACAGAAAAGAGAUGUUUGAGAGAUAUGAGGUGCUCAGAGAUUACGACAAAGCAGCACAUCAUUUUGCCUUCAUGUGGGCCUCUGUGGGAAACACGAUUCCAGCUACAUUCUGGGCCGUGUAUUAUCUUCUGCGGCACCCAGAAGCUCUUGCAGUGGUGCGUGACGAAAUUGACCAUUUGCUGCAGUCAACAGGUCAAGAGAGAGGGCCUGGAUGCAACAUCCGCCUCACCAGAGAACAAUUGGACAACCUGGUCUACCUAGAGAGUGCUUUAAACGAGAGUUUACGAAUGUCUUCAGCUUCCAUGAACAUCCGCAUCAUCAAGGAAGAUUUUAUUUUCAAGCUUGAAGGAAAUCAGGAAGUCAGCUUGAGAAAAGAAGACUGGGUAGCAAUUUAUCCUCCUAUUCUUCACAUGGACCCGGAGGUCUAUGAAGAUCCUAAGAAAUACAGAGUUGACCGUUAUGUUGAAAAUGGCAAGAAGAAAACCACCUUCUACAAACGGGGAAAGAAGCUGAAAUACUUUUUAAUGCCUUUUGGUUCUGGAACCAGCAAGUGUCCUGGCAGGUUCUUUGCAGUGAAUGAAAUGAAGCUGUUUAUUAUUUUAUUAUUAGCUUAUUUUGAUGUGGAAAUAAUGGAAGAGAAACAGAUAGGAUUGGAGAAAAAUAGAAUGGGACUUGGUAUUGCCUUACCAGACUCUGAUAUUUGCUUUCGUCACAAGCUAAGGCCUUAA